AAACAAAGAUUGCAGAUGCCUUUGCUUACAAAGACAAGAGACCAAAAGUUUAGGAUUGAUUUGAAGUCUUUAAAGUCAUUUAGUAAGAGUUCAAAAGUACUUGCAGACUAAAGACUGAUAUCUAGCAGGCAUUUAUUCCCUCCUCUCCCACAUCAUCCUCAGCAAGGAGAAAUUAGUAGAAAAAAGGAUUCAUUUUGAAUAAUUCUGAUGCCGGAUCACUUAUUGCAGGAGGAAGGUAAAAAUAGUGACUGCAAACUUAGUUAAUGUUUAAAAGAUUCAGAAAAGCUGGCUAUCUAUUUCUUACAAAGUUCAAUACACUGAAGUGGGUUCAUACUUCCAUUGCUCAUCUGCUAUGUAAAAAUAAGUCUGUCUUUUAGAAAGAUGCUGGCAGAGUUCUCAAGCCCAUAUGAUUUUAUCAAACCAUUUGUUAUAGGCAGUUGGAAGAUGAGUGAUUACUGAACCUCUAACACGAGCGAAACUGAUACAGAACUAGGAUAAUUAUGAUGAUUCCCACAUGCUGGGAAAAGUAAUCCAUUGUGACCCAUCUGCCAAGAAAACAAGCCUUCAAAAACCCUGAUUGGUAUGAAAAAUUCUAGGGUCAAUUUUAAUUUCUCGCUUCGUUCUUGGUAAAACAGAGCACUUGAUAUGGACUUGAAAGCCCUCAGUAAACAUGCAAUUUCCCAAGUUACAGGAUGUUAGGACUCACUCUGUUUAAGGGGCUGACCAAAGUUCAGCCUCAGAAUCCAUCUGGCGUUCCAUUCCAUAAAGAUAUGGAGUAGCGAUAAAAACAAUAGAAAAACAUUAGCUCACAAGCAAGAGAAGCUCUGCAGCCUUUGGGUUCAAAGGCAAAAAGAUCCUUCGGGGCCUGCAGGAGUGUGACUGUAGUAUCUUACUUCAACUCCUUCAAACAUCCAUGCCGCCCAGGGAAACGUCUUUCCUUUAAGGAGCUGCAGAUGGGUGGCAGAUUUAGGCCACCACGCACUCAGAAGCACCUUUUUACCUUUGAAUCCAGAGGCUACACAGCCUUACUCAUAGGUAACUACAGCUGCUCCCACCUCUUGGACAAUUAGAAGCUGAGCUUCCAUGUCAAAGUAGAGAGCAAGAUAGGAGAGCUGCUACUAUGAAACUAGAGCACUUUGGACCAUAAACUGGUUGAUAGCAGAGGGAUGCCAAAGAUGAUAAUAAAAACCAUUCCUAUAAGGCGAUUCAGAAAUAAGGACAAUGAAGGCAGCAUUUUGCUUGCUGCUAAUGGCUGCUGUGGGAAUCAACGCUCAGAAGCCUGAAGAUCUUGAAGGCAGCGUUGUGGGAGAGACGCAAGAGUUCAUUUACAGAAACAGAUAUAAACGCUCUAGUGAUGCCCAGGACAAAUGUACUUAUACUUUUAUUGUACCUCAGCAAAAAGUAACAGGUGCCAUUUGUGUUAAUUCAAAAGAACCCGACACUGUACUUGAAAACAGGGUAAAUAAGCAAGAACUGCAGCUUCUCAACAAUGAACUGUUAAAGCAAAAGAGACAAAUAGAAACCCUUCAGCAGCUGGUAGAAGUAGAUGGAGGAAUUGUCAACGAGGUGAAGCUCCUGCGAAAAGAGAGCCGCAACAUGAACUCACGCGUCACGCAGUUAUACAUGCAGUUGCUGCAUGAGAUCAUCCGAAAACGGGAUAACGCGUUAGAGCUUUCUCAGCUGGAAAACAAGAUCCUGAAUCAAACUGCCGAUAUGUUGCAGCUUGCAAACAAAUACAAAGAUCUGGAGCACAAGUACCAACAUUUGGUGGCCAUUGCAAAUAAUCAAUCUAUAAUGAUUGCGCAGUUAGAAGAGCACUGCCAAGGGACAUCAGCCAUUAAACCUGUCCUGCAACCUCCACAGCCACCAAACCGAGUCUACCAGCCACCCACUUACAACCGUAUCACAAACCAAAUAUCUACCAACGAAAUCCAGAGUGACCAGAACUUAAAGGUUCUACCACCACCGCUCCCAACCAUGCCACCAGUUACCAGCAUUCCAACUUCCACUGACAAGCCCUCAGGUCCUUGGAGAGACUGUUUACAAGCUUUAGAAGAUGGCCAUGGCACCAGUUCCAUAUAUCUUGUAAAACCUGAAAAUGCAAACCGACUGAUGCAAGUCUGGUGUGAUCAGCGACAAGAUCCUGGUGGCUGGACAGUAAUUCAAAGACGUUUGGAUGGCUCAGUCAAUUUUUUCAGGAACUGGGAAACGUAUAAGCAAGGAUUUGGUAACAUCGAUGGAGAGUAUUGGCUGGGGUUAGAAAACAUUUACUGGCUGACAAAUCAAGGCAACUACAAAUUGUUGAUAACCAUGGAAGACUGGUCAGGACGUAAAGUUUUUGCAGAAUAUGCCAGCUUCCGGCUGGAGCCAGAAAGUGAAUACUACAAGUUGCGAUUGGGCCGAUACAAUGGCAAUGCUGGAGAUUCCUUUACAUGGCACAAUGGAAAACAAUUCACCACACUGGAUAGAGACCAUGAUGUAUAUACAGGUAAUUGCGCACAUUACCAGAAAGGGGGAUGGUGGUACAAUGCGUGUGCACAUUCAAACCUCAAUGGUGUCUGGUACCGAGGAGGUCAUUACCGAAGUCGAUAUCAAGAUGGAGUUUACUGGGCAGAGUUCCGGGGGGGAUCAUAUUCCCUGAAAAAGGUUGUCAUGAUGAUCAGACCUAAUCCUAACACAUUCCAUUGAAAGAAAUAUAGUCUUCUCAAGAGACAAAAUAAAAAGGUGCCAAUAGUUAUGUGUGUUUUCCAGAACACAUCUUCUCAGCAACAAAGAAUGUAAUGUAUUGCACACUGACUGCUAUUCAAGGAGACCUGUAUAUUGUACUGUUCCGGGAUCAUUCUAGAAGCAAAAUAAGAACAAUUUCAGAUCAUCACUCUUUGUAUGAAAAAAAAAAAGCCACAUUCAGAUGAAAUGGACUGUAGAUAAACUGAAAUGCUAGGAACACUGUCACAUCCUCUAAAUACUUUGUAUGUUAUAUAUACUCUCAAAUCCUGCACAUAUUCAAAACUCUACAGUAAAUAAUAGAUUCAUUUGACACAGGAAAUUAUAUCCUUUGAAACUAUGUAGCCAGUAUGGGUAUCUUAGACUGUUAAAAGCGAUUCUUCUUAAUUUAAUCUGUGUGAACUGUUGCAAAGACUUAGUGCCUGUCCACAACUUUGUCUAGCACAAACAGGAUUCCAACUUUGCUUGGAUGCGAUGCAGUGUUAGAACUUCAUAACGAACUAUUUCAAGUAUAAACUCAAGUUCAGUUUAUACAAACAAUUCCAAUAUUUCUCUUUACUCUUCCUCUUUAACGCAUUGGCCAUUCUCCACAAAUUGACCAAAUGGGUACUAUAUUUUUUUCAUUAUCUCAACAGUACGAACAUUUUUCUAGACUUCUUGGAACAACUUAGACCUUACUUUAUAAUCAGCAGAAAUAUUUUCAGCGCGUAAAUGACAAUUUCAGGUUCUAUGUUAAGUUGCCCUUGCAGACUCAUCAUCUCCUCUCUAAUAAAACGAGCAGUCACGCAACUGACAGAGUCACCUAGUCAAUGGAAUAAAAACUUGGCGGGGCGGGUGGAAAAGAUUCUGGCAUCAUUAAAAAAAAAAACUCAAAGUUUGCUGCUUCCUUAAAUUGAAGGCAAAUAAUAGAUACAGGAACAGAACCUGUUUAAAUAUCCUCAUUAUUACUGUUUAGAGAGACUAUAUGGUGCACAGAACUAUUUGCCAUAUUUUACUAUAAUGGUCAAAUACACAUAUUAAAAGAGAAUUAUGCAAACAUAUCUAUAAUGUCCAUUGUAGAAACUUGAACUUCUGAAUUCUAGUAUACCAAAAUUGAUUAUUUUAAGAAUUUACUUUAUAGGAGCAGUGGAAACCAUAAAGUUUUAAACUGUUAUUACCUCAUUAUUUCAUUCCUAAUGGACAAUGUGCAUUAACAUUUUGGAAUGAGGUAGCAUGUCUUGUAUAUAAAUAAAAGUAGGGAUUUUAAUAUAUGAUCAGAUUACCUUGUAAUGCUGCAAAUGUGUAAUAAAAGCAACAAAUGCUA